CCGAUCACAUGUGGCUUUCUUUCCACCAUCUCUCUACUUCCAAUUCCUCGCAAUCAGGUACUCUAUGGAUUGAACCAUCAAUAAACUCUGUUGAUCUCUCUCGCUCUAACAACUGCCGUACCUUAUUUCUCUCUAUCUACGAUUUUCCAAGUUUGAAAUCAUUAAAAAAAAGGGAAAAAAAUUCUAGUUAGUUGUAGGGUUUUUUCCAGUUCCGCUGUACGGUGAAGCGUGAAUUUACUAGUUAUCCGUCCGCUCCAAGAACUAUAAAUUGGUUACAGGCACCUUGACAUAUGCUUAGUAUUGAAACUUGAAUGAUCAGCAUGGAUCUGAAUGCCUUGCCAAUACAGCCAGAGGAUGACGAUGAGCUUUUUGGACGCCAAUUAGAAGAUCAAGAACGUAGUAUUAUAUUACAUAGUGACGAGCGUGCAGAUUAUUAUGUCAAAAGUGCUGUAGAGAUUUCACGUGGCGAGCGGGAGGAAAGGAUUCAAAGACUUAAAAGACAACAUCCAGCAUAUCCAUGUCAACCACGAAUGCGGGAUGAGAUCUUUCAGACAAAGAGACAGAAGCCUAGCAGCAGACUUCCUCCAGGUUGGUUGGAUUGUCCUGCAUUUGGACAGGAGAUAGGUUGUAUUAUUCCUUCAAAGGUUCCACUGGAUGAAACUUUCAACGAUUGUGUUCUUCCGGGCAAACGAUACUCGUUUAGGCAAGUCCUCCACCAACAGAGAGUUUUAGGAAGAAAACUUGGUAUGGUGAUUGAUCUCACCAAUACAACUCGAUACUAUUCAUUGUCAGAUUGGAGGAAAGAAGGCAUCAAGCAUGUAAAGAUUCAAUGCAGAGGCCAUGGUGCUGUACCUGACAAUGAGUCGGUAAAUUUAUUUGUCUAUGAGGUUUCACAAUUUCUUGCCCGUCAGAAACACGCAAAGAAGCAUAUCCUUCUCCAUUGCACACAUGGGCAUAAUCGCACUGGGUUUAUGAUCGUUCAUUAUCUUAUGCGUACGCUGUCGAUAUCUGUCAGCCAGGCAAUUAAAAUUUUUUCUGAUGCUCGUCCUCCUGGGAUCUAUAAGCCCGACUAUAUUGAUGCCUUAUAUGCCUUGUAUCAUGAGAAAAAACCUGAAAUGGUUGUUUGUCCUCCAACACCUGAGUGGAAAAGAUCUUCUGAGCUUGAUUUGAAUGGCAAUGACGAUGAGGCUUCUUUGAUUGACAAUCGUGAAGCACAAGUAGUAAUGUCAAAUGAUGACGUUUUGGGAGAUGCAAUCCCACAAGAUCAGCAAAAUUGUUUACGACAGUUGUGUUAUCAAGCACUGAAAAACAGAGGCCCGCAAUUUCCCGGCUCACAUCCAGUCUCUCUUGACAGGGACAACUUGCAGUUAUUAAGGCAGCGUUACUACUAUGCCACAUGGAAGGCUGAUGGGACACGGUAUAUGAUGCUGAUCACGAUGGAUGGUUGUUUCUUAGUUGAUAGGCAUUUAGACUUCCGGAGGGUUCAGAUGAGAUUUCCGUGCAGACACACUAAUAGUGAAGGUUUAGCCGAAAAGACCCACCAUUUCACUUUACUUGAUGGAGAGAUGGUAAUUGAUACUUUGCCUGACACACACAAGCAGGAAAGGAGAUACCUAAUUUAUGAUAUGAUGGCCCUGAACCAUGUGUCUGUCAUUGAGCGGCCCUUUUAUGAACGGUGGAGAAUGAUCAACAAACAAGUGAUUGGGCCAAGGAAUUAUGAACGUCAACAUAUAUACCAGAGUAGAAACCCUUACUAUAGCUAUGAGUUGGAGCCUUUCAGGGUGAGGAGGAAGGAAUUUCAUCUGCUCUCUACCGUCACAAAGCUUCUCAAAGAAUUUAUCCCAAAGCUUUCACAUGAAGCUGAUGGUCUUAUUUUUCAGGGUUGGGAUGAUCCUUAUGUUCCUCGCACGCACGAGGGUCUCUUGAAGUGGAAAUGCCCUGAAAUGAACUCGGUUGACUUCCUGUUUGAGGUGGUCCAGGAGGAUCGUGGGUUGCUUUAUCUACACAAACGAGGGAAGAAGAAACCAAUGGACGGGAAUAGAGUUGUUUUCCCAGACGGUUCUGAUCCGUCAGAUUACUCUGGUAAAAUAAUAGAGUGCUCUUUUGAUGCCAUUAACGAAACAUGGGUGUGGAUGAGGACCAGAGUCGAUAAAGGAACUCCGAAUGAUUACAACACGUACAGAAAGGUGAUGAGAAGUAUUACUGACAACAUCACCGAACAAGUGUUGUUGAAUGAGAUCGCUGAGAUUAUUGAACUACCAAUGUAUGCGGUUAGGAUACAGAGUGCAGAUACCCAAGCUCAUGUACGACGCAGAUGAAUGAAUCGGUGGAAGCUAGUGAUCGAUUGGAUCAUGUAUAUCAAUACAAGGGUAUUUACGAGCAUCCUUAGUACCUAAGAAGGUGUUAUAAGAAGGUGGUCAUGUAUAUUAGUUGUGUUAGUUUUCUUUCUUUAAUUUUUUUUUUCUUGGUUACUGUUAAGUUGUCCAAGGUAGGUUUUCUUCCAUAGUAGUGAAACGUCAAGCUCUAUGUUAUCUA